AAUCAGCAGAAGUAGAAGGGUCUCAUCACCGGUGGGGCGAAAAGAAAAAUUGUCAGAUGGCUACGAAAUAGCCUGAAAUGCGAAAUGAGGCUUGUUCGAUUUAGUAGUCGUUGCAUUUUUUCCACGUGACACCUAAAGGGUCUGGGGCGCAGAGGGAGAAGACGGAGACGAAAGAUGUCGGACGUCGGAAGCGCUGACAGUUUUAAGCAGCUGAAUAAAUUUGAGAAACUGACAGGCAGGCCGCCGCACAGAGGAACAUUAGCAGGUCCUCCAACUCCUCCUGCUCGCAGUGGGCAUCGCUGUGUGGCUGACAACACUAACCUGUAUGUGUUCGGGGGUUACAACCCCGACUAUGAUGAGUCAGGAGGCUCAGAAAAUGAAGACUAUCCUCUAUUCAGGGAGCUUUGGCGGUACCAUUUUGCUACUGGCUGCUGGCAGCAAAUUCGAACGGAGGGGUACAUGCCGACUGAGUUGGCAUCUAUGUCAGCUGUUUUGCACGGUAACAACCUUCUGGUGUUCGGAGGCACAGGGAUCCCCUUUGGGGAAAAUAAUGGCAAUGACGUUCACGUCUGUAAUGUGAAGUACAAGCGAUGGUCACUGCUCAACUGUCGAGGGAAGAAGCCAAACCGAAUAUACGGACAGGCAAUGGUCAUUAUAAAUGGGUUCCUAUAUGUUUUUGGUGGAACGACGGGCUACAUCUACAGCACAGACCUGCACAGACUGGACCUGACCACCAGGGAAUGGAUCCACCUCAAACCCAACAACCCGCCUGACGACCUGCCUGAAGAAAGAUACAGACAUGAAAUAGCACACGAUGGACAGAGGAUCUAUAUUCUGGGAGGUGGAACUUCCUGGACAUCAUAUCCUCUGGACAGGAUGCAUGCUUACAAUCUGGAGACAAACUCUUGGGAGGAAAUCACAACGAAACCUCAUGAGAAAAUAGGAUACCCCGCUCCUCGACGAUGCCAUAGCUGUGUACAAAUACGUAAUGAUGUGUUUAUCUGCGGAGGCUACAAUGGGGAGCUGAUACUAGCUGAUCUGUGGAAGCUAAACCUGCAAACUUUCCAGUGGAGCAAACUACCAGCAGAGAUGCCUGAGCCAGCAUACUUUCACUGUGCUGCUGUCACUCCAGCUGGCUGCAUGUACAUUCACGGGGGUGUGGUGAACAUCCACGAGAACAAGAGAACGGGCUCUCUGUUCAAGAUCUGGCUGACUGUGCCCAGCCUGCUGGAGCUGUGCUGGGAGAAGCUUCUCAAGGCCUUCCCCCAUCUGACUUCUCUUCCCACCUUUCACCUGUAUAACCUGGGCCUGACGGAGGAGCUCGUAGAACGCAUGAAAUAGGCAGAAACGAGAAAAAAAAACUCCCAGCAGGACACUGGAUGAUGCCUGAUGUAGCCCUGCCUUAAAACCAAAAACAUUGGGAUGCCUUUUUUAUGUCCACUUCUUUUCUUCUUUUUUUUUUUUUCUAGAUAUGGCAUUGAGCGUAAAUAUUUUUGGGAUAUAUUUUAUGAAUUUUACUUGAAUCCCUGCGCCAUCACUGCAUCGUUCUAGCGUUUGGAUUCUGGGCGUCAUCUUUCAAACUGACAUAUUGC